CAAAUGCUUGGAACCGUACCGAAACAACAAGAAGCGAGCUCAAAGAAAUUGGACCUUAGAAAUGUUGCAGCCAACAUGAAGGCUACGUUACUUUGUUGUGUGUUGAGAAGCUUGUGCAACAACUCUAAAUAUAUGUUCUAGUUCAUUAUAAUAAUGGCAUCACCAACAUUGAUACUCGAUAUGGGUGGUGGAUCACUAAAAAUUGGAUUUUCUACAGAUCCUCAUCCCAAAAUUAUCGAUAAUUCCAUUUUUAAAUCGAAAACGCUUGGGGGUCGUACAUUCGUUGGAAAUGAAAUAGAACAAUGCAAUAAUUUGUCGAGUUUAUUUUGUGUUAUGCCAUUCAAAAAAGGUUAUAUUAACAACUGGGAAGUUCAAUGCCAAAUUUUGGACACAACUCUUAAAAGCAUAGUUAAAACAAACUCUCAAAAUUCUUUAUCCGAUCAUAAUCUAAUUGUUACUGAGCCGUAUUUCAACUUUUCAUCAACUAAAGAAGCUAUGAAUGAAAUCUUUUUUGAAGAUUAUCAAGUGGCUGGUUUGAUUCGCACAAAUCCUGCAUUUUUAAGCGCUUACAAAUAUAGAAGUGAAUCAGCUCAACGUCUUUCAAGAUAUUGUAUAGUUAUUGACUCUGGAUACUCAUUUACACACAUUGUACCCAUGGCUGAUGGAUUUGUUAUGAAAGAUUUUGUCAUACGGCUAACAGUAGGUGGGAAAAUUCUUACAAAUCGUUUGAUUGAAGCUGUAUCCUAUAGACAUUUGGAUGUUCGAAGUGAGAUAUAUAUAAUGAAUCAGUGCAAAGAAGAUGUAUGUUAUGUAUCUACUGACUUUUGGCAAGAUAUGAAGAUUUCUCGAUCAAACCAAAGAUCAAACAGCAUUUUAAGAGAAUAUGUACUACCAAACUAUGUCGAUGUGCAUCGUGGAUAUGUUCGUGAUCCGAAUGCAGUGGCUUCUGAAAAUAGUGGUAAUGAUAAAUCAGAACAACGGGCUUCCAAUCUGUCACAGCAAGGAUAUGUAUUACGUUUGAAUAAUGAGCGUUUUACGGUUCCUGAAUUGAUUUUCCAUCCAUCUGAUGUGGGCUAUCAAGAAAUGGGGCUUACAGAAGCUAUCCAUUACUUAAUGAGUGAACGAUUACCGGCUGCAGUAAGGCCAGGAGCUUGGGCAAAUUUUAUGGUUAUGGGUGGUAAUGCAUGUUUUCCAGGAUUUUCUGAACGACUACAAAGAGAUAUUCGUACUCAAGCACCUGAUGAUCUUCCAGUAAAUGUCUUUAAACCCCCUAAACCUCCACUCACUGUACUGAUGGGGAAUGCGCUGAUAAGGAUGAUCACAAACAUUUUUAAGAUCUGACCCUGUCUGUGGUUUUAAAUAAACUUGUCUAAACUUUGAUUCUGACUACAACACUUGCUGUGUUUUUUUGGUCGUCAAAAGUUGUCAGGUAAUCCAUAAAAUAUUUCUCGCUUCGGAUUAAUAUCUUUUAACGUAUCUUCGGUUUCAAAAUAACUUGUUUCCCAAUACAGACUUGAACCCUCAGCUUUGUAUCAUUUGGCUCAGUGAAUAUACUUACUUACUUACUUACACCUGUUACUCCUCGUGAAGGAGCAUAGGUCGCUCACCAGCAUUCUCCAUCCAACCCUGUCCUGGGCAAUCCUUUCCAGCUCCUUCCAGUUGUAAUUCAUCCUUUUCAUAUCUGCUUCUAUUAUCCGACGUAAUGUGUUCUUUGGCCUUCCUCUUUUCCGCUUCCCUUCAGGAUUCCAAGUUAGAGCUUGCCUCGUGAUGCAGUUUGACGAUUUGCGUAAUGUAUGUUCUAUCCAUUUCCAUCGUCUUUUCAUAAUUUCCUCUUCAGCUGGAAGUUGGUUUGUUCUCUCCCACAGAAGGCUAUUGCUGAUGGUAUCCGGCCAAUGGAUGUUGAGUAUCUUGCGUAGAUAGCUAUUUAUAAAUACUUGUACUUUCUUGAUUGUGGUUGUUGUAGUUAUCCAAGUUUCAGCUCCGUACAGUAGAACUGCCUUGACGUUCGUAUUGAAGAUUCUCACUUUGAUAUUGGCUGAAAGUUGUUUUGAGUUCCAUAUGUUCUUCAAUUGUAGGAAUGCGGCCCUUGCUUUGCCAAUCCUCGCCUUUACGUCUGCAUCUGAACCUCCUUGUCUAUCGACGAUGCUUCCCAGAUAUGUGAAGGAUUCUACAUCUUCCAGAGUUUCGCCAUCAAGGGUGAUUGGAUUGCUGUUCUCCGCUUUGAAUUUGAGGACCUUGGUUUUCCCUUUGUGUAUACUGAGGCCUACUGAUGCAGAGACUGCUGCUACACUGGCUGUCUUCAUCUGCAUCUGUUCGUGUGUACGUGAUAGGAGGGCUAGGUCAUCUGCGAAGUCCAGAUCGUCUAAUUGGUUCUGAGCUGUUCAUUGUAUUCCGUGUUUUCCUUCAGAUGUCGAGGUCUUCAUAAUCCAGUCG